AUGAACGGCUUGCGAGCAGAAGCGCGACAACGAUUCGAGGCAGAACAGCAGUUCACGCAGCGUGAAAAUCUGCAACGGACCGCCAUAAGUCUUGUUACCAUUGCCAAAUUCCUGAAUUCGGAGACGACCGUUCGGCACACUUCAGUCCAAUGGCCUAGUCACCUGGACAUCUGUGAUCUGAUUAACGCACCUGUCUUUGACAAUGGCAAUGAGAAAGCAACGGCUACAAUGAGCAUCGUCAAGUUCAGGCGUAAUAGCGAAGGAAUCCUUAGCAUCGAACGACCUGUCUUUGUGAACUUGUUCGACGAUCUCGGGUUCGAUCCAUAUUGGCUGAAUUUGAUCCUUUCGUCGACGUAUGGAUUCUUCUCACAAUACCAACCGGGUAGCACUUUGUAUAGGUGCUACUUGCAUACUGUGUCAUAUACACUGUUGUGGACCUACAACUCUGAUACAGUUACAACCAAGGUCCUGUUCACACCACGAGAGCACUCUCAGUACCCACAACAAAUCUUCAGAAGCUUCCUGUCGACAUUGGUGCACCACAAAGAUCUGAUAAACGACUGGCGCUUCUGUUCGUUUCUAUGUGGUAUUGAAUUGGUCCGUUGGAUUGAGGGCACUGCAGGAGAGAAUCUGGGCCGCAUUCGAGACAUAGAAAUAUUCACGGGGCAUGGCGCAUGGCAUGUAGCUCAAUCUGAUGCUGCUCCAAGUACAGAUCAGCUCGUAUAUGAGUCCAAAAGGCUGGGUCUCGUACUUACCGCGCUAGCCAAUGUCAUCAGACAUGCUUGCAUCGUAAGAAUGAUCCUCAGUGACCUCGUAGUAUAUCGACCGUGUCUGAUCCACCAACCGUCGCCUGCCCAAACCCCGAGUGCGGCUACGUCGACAUCUAUCUUGUCUGCUAUUACGGACGCAGUAGCGCUGUUGGAAGGCCAGAUACAAUCAGGCGAGCUGCAGACAAGCUAUCUUCAAGAGCGUGGCCGUAUGCAGCAAUCUGUAAUCUUCAAUCUGCUCACUCGCCACGACGCGAAAAGUAGCAAGGAAAUCGCGUUAGCAACACAGCGGGAUAGUUAUUCGAUGAAGACCAUUGCUAUCAUGACCGUGGUCUUCCUGCCACCUACCUUCUUCGCCACUCUCUUCGCUAUGCCCCUACUAAAUUGGAACGGCCCCAAAGUUGUGCAACCAAGCUUUGGAAUCUUUUGGGUUUUUUCGUUACCUACCAUCAUACUGGUCUUUCUCAUUUGGCAUCUGAUAUCAUCUGAUAAGACAGUGUUUGCAAAAGCUCGGGUGUGGUUCGAGAACAAGAGGCAUGAGGACAAGGGAAACGCUGAUCUAGAAAAAUCUCCAGGCGUUUCGCAACCGUUUCGAUGGAACGGUUUAAGGUAUAGGUCAGAACGUUAG